AUGACCACUCCGUGCCUGUUCCUCCGCGACCUGGACGUGAUCAAGCAUGUAUUUAUAAAAGACUUCGACUAUUUCUCUGACCGCGGCGUCUCUGUCGGUGACAAAGGUUUAAGUAAGAACAUAUUCCACGCUGACGCUGAUAACUGGCGUAUUUUGAGGAACCGUUUCACACCCAUAUUCUCCUCGGGGAAACUGAAGAACAUGAUGUACUUACUAGAUGAACGUGGCGACAGAUUUAUCGUAUAUCUAAAAGAGCAAUGCUUGACGAGGAGUGAAUUUGACGUGCACCCACUCUUACAAAAGUAUACCAUGGCGGCCAUAUCGGCCUGCGCUUUCGGCUUGGAGAUUGACACGUUCAAUGAGAACAUAGAAGCCUUGGAGAAAAUGGACAAACUUUUAACCACACCGUCGUUCGUGGACGAAUUGGACAUGAUGUUUCCGGGGGUACUGAAGAAGAUGAACCUUGAGGUAUUCCCGGCAUACAUAGACGAGUUCUUUAGGCAGCUUGUUGCGACCGUUAUAACGCAGAGGAACGGCGUACCGUCGAACAGGAGGGACUUCAUGGAUUUAAUUCUGGAGCUAAGACAGCAGCGUCAGAUAAAUAGUACAAAAAGGUACGAUGAUAGUGAACAAAUAGUUCUUGAACUAACAGAGGAUGUUAUUGCCGCGCUUGCGUUUGUAUUUUACGCCGCUGGAUACGAAACCAGCGCACGCACAAUGACAUAUAUGUUAUACGAGUUGGCGAAAAACCAGGACAUACAAAACAAAGUGAUAGCCGAAGUCGAUGAAGUGCUAAAAAAACACGAAGGCAAAAUGACGUAUGAAACUCUCAACGAUAUGCAUUAUAUGAAGAUGGUUUUAGACGAGACUCUACGCAUGUAUCCCAUAGUAGAUCCUCUACAAAGGAGGGCAUUAGCCGACUACAAAAUACCAGGAACUGAUGUUACAGUAAAAAAAGAUCAAAUUGUAAUAGUAUCAAUCCUGAGCGUCCAACGUGAUGCUAAACACUACCCCAAUCCAGACAAAUUUGAUCCCGAAAGAUUUUCCGUGGAAAACGCAAGUAAUAGACACGCUUGCGCUUAUUUGCCCUUUGGGUGUGGACCAAGAAACUGCAUCGGUAUGCGGUUCGCGCAUGUACAAUCCCGUAUAUGUAUAGCGAAGUUCCUGUCCAAAUUCCGCGUAGAGCCGUGCAGUAAGACACCGCAGACUAUCGAGUUCGUCGCAAAACGCUUAAUUCUAGGAGCCGAUGGAAUUUAUCUUAACAUUAUCCCGAGAACUAAU